GAGGAAUGAGGAUGACUCCCAAUGCUCUGGAGUCCAUCAGAUGUGGCGUCUCCUCCUGCAGCUGCGCGGGUUUCACACCCAGGAAGGUCCAGCUCAGGUCAUGUGAUCGCUGCGGACACGGCUGGGUGGAACAUGCUUUGGAGCAGUUCCAGGCCCACCCGCCCUCCGGUUCCGGCCCGGUGGAGGUGGCCCUUCCUGGGCUGGUGUUUGACCUGAGCUCCCUGGUGCUGUUUGGCGCUCAGGCCGUUCCGGUCCAGCUGAAGAUCUUGCUGGACCGCCUCUACAGCAUCCUGACUCCAGAGCAGGUGGGUCAGAUUCUGAACAGUCUGGGCUGGAGUUUGGGGGAUUAUGUCCGAGGGUACAUGCUGCAGCAUCCCGGCGGGAAAGUGUUGGAUCGCUGGUCCAUGGCCACGCCCGAGGAAGAGCUGCUGGUUCUGAGGCAGUUCCUGCGGUUUGGAGAGACACGGCCCAUAGUGGAGUUGAUGAUGCUCCAGUACCUGGACGGUGGGAACCUCCUGCCUGAUGAGGAGACCAAGGCUUCUGUGAAAACUGUCCGGUCGGAUAUUCUAACAGAAAAAGGAGCUUCGGUGUUAAACAGGAGCUCACUGAGUGAUGUUCGGAUGGUGGACGGCAACGAUACUUCAGACGACCGUGAAAAUGACCAAUUGGGACAAUCGUUGCUCCUACCUUUCCAUUUUCCACAAUCAGCCAUCUACUGUUCAAACAAGGACAUGGUUCCUUCUGCUAAGUUGCAAAACAUCCUGCCAGACUUUGGCGGGACCAAACCGGUCCAGAAACAUGUCAGUGGCGAUGUCGACUUGGUCCGGAAGAGAUCUGAACGCCAAUCGGCCUCAUCGAAGAAACCCGACCCAGACAAGACCAACCCGUCAUUGCAGCACCAGAACCCCGUCCUUCACCUCGACGAUGUUUUCCUUCAGAAACGACUGCUCCAGCAGGAGAAAACCCUCGCCUCUUCCUUCAACUUUUCGUUUCUACCUUCUUCUUUACUGUAUUCUCCAAUCCCUCACUCUUCUUCCACUCUCCUGCAACGUCAUCAAAAAUCCCAAACUCUUCCCUCCUUCUCUUCCUCUUUCAUCAGACCUCUUCAUUCUUCCUCUCUCCAUCCCCUCACAUCGGCAAGUUCUUCCCUUCAUUCUCUCCCACCGUCCCUUUGCGCGUUUCCUUCCCUCCCCCCUGAAGGAGGUCGGAAGGGGAGGGUCAGCUGUGGCGUUUGUGGGAAAAGCUUCUAUGACAAAGGAACCCUGAAGAUCCACUACAACGCCGUCCACCUGAAGAUCAAGCAUCGCUGCACGGUGACAGGCUGCACCAUGGUCUUCAGCUCCCUGCGCAGCCGCAAUCGACACAGCGCCAACCCAAACCCACGGCUGCACACGGGCAGCAGCAGCAGGGAGGCCCAUCCUUACCGAAACGCAGCGUGUGGACGGGGGGGCAUCCACUCUGAAACACAGAUCUAUGAAGUGAAGACGGAAACACAAACCCUGGUGCCUGCAAACAGGAUGAAGAACAUGCAUGAAGAUUCCUGGCUUCAUGAACCCGCCUCCUCCUCCGCUCCUCCUCCUGUCCCACCAGCUCCAUCCUCAUCCUUUCCUUCCUCCUGCGGCGGUCAGCACUGGUGGCCGUCGAGUCAGUCCUUACCAAAGAAGAAGCCCCGGAAGUCCAGCAUGCCGGUGAAGAUAGAGAGAGAGGCUGGAAGGAGGCAGGAGACACAAGGAGGAGAUCUGAAGAACCUCUGCUGCUCCACCUAAAGCUCAGAAAUGUUUUAUCCAGAAGGAAAAAGACUCGUUUCAAAAGUGUCAAACUUUCUGCUCAUCCACUGUGUUUAUUUGUGAUUAUUAAAUGAUAGUUAAAUGUUAUUACAUGUACAAAACGUUACAAAAACCUACAACAUUUCAGCACAUUAACUAAAUGGUUAUUAUGUAUUUUGUGGAACUCGUGUUUUCAUUAAUGCAGUUUAUUUUCAAGACACCACUUCACAACAAUUGUCAUUUUAAAGCAGUUUACAAAUCAAACCGACACAGUUUAUAUAUAUAUAGAGAAAUAAUGAAUAAAAUCAAACUAAUCCUGUAGUGAGAUUUAAAUCUAAU